CAGACAGCCCCAUUGCGUGUGGCGCACAUCUCUCUCUUGGGGUGAGGUACUACGAGGCCGAUGGGAUCACUCAUACCACCCAGAACUGAGCCUCUAAUUUGCCGUAUGUGUUGCUCAUGUCCCUUAUAAUGUCUGGUUGAUCCAUCAGAAUUGAAUUGAAUUUAGUUGAAUAUUCGGUUGUAAAAUGGGGGAAAAUAUUCAGGGUACAUUUACUUCUGAGAAAAUUUCCAAAAUAAGGUGGCGAAGAGAGAAUUUUACUGAGGCCAAGUCGUUCAUAACUGGCAGUUGGGACAACCCCAUCAACAAUAUCAUCCAUUGGACAUUCGAGACUUCCGAGGACGACGAGACCUACCCAGUGGUGGACUCCACCUAUUCCUUUCAUGGGGACGUCACAGAAAUUGAAUUUAUAGACAAAAAUGCCUUCGUAGCUUCCUCUUCAAUGGGUUCAGUGAAAUUGCUGGGGAUAAACGAGUCCCCCUACGCUGAAUUCAGAGAUCUCAUGUCCUGGGAGUUGAUCCAUCGGUUCAGCACUGGAGAUAGCGCCGCGUGUACAGCACUGGCCACUUUCAAUCAGGACAUUGCGACUGUUGGCGAGGAUGGGAGGAUAAAUCUCCUAACAGCCCAGGAAAAAAAGCCUGUGAGGACUAUUGAGAAUGCUGAUAGCUGCUCCUUCGUGUGCAUCGAUUUUUUGAGACACAAUGAAAUACUCACGAGUAACAGCAGGGGUCAUAUGAAACUCUGGGACUUGACAAAUGAUAGAGAUACACCAGCCACCACUUUCAUGCUGCCCGAUCAACUUAAGACAGAGGCAACAGAUAUCGCCCAUCAUCCAACCCAGAGGCAUAUCGUGGCAGCAGGUGGUGGCGAUGGCAGUUUGAGCGUCUGGGACCUUCGACAGAGUACUUACCCCAUUUCCCAACUGCUCGCACACUCUCGAGCUAUUGCAGAAGUUAUGUUUCAUCCAGAUAGGCCUGAUAAUUUAUUCACCAGUUCGAUAAAUGGAGAAUUGUGGCAUUGGAAUGACAUCCAAGGAUCGAAAUUGAAAUUAAAUGGAGGCGACAACCACUGGUUAACGACCAGAGGAAUCGAUGGGAAGAUGAAUGUCUCGGCCCUAUGCUCUCCAAUGCACAAGCCCAUCAACAGCAUCGACAUCGACAGGUCUACUUUGCUCUUCGGUUGUGAUAACGAAGCUAUGUACGUCGUCAGAAAUAUUGCUGUGUAAAUAUUCUACUUAUGUAUUUUUUACAAUCUAAUAAUAAUAAUAAUAAUAAUAAUGAUAAUAACAAUAAACGCGAAAAUAAUGAGAGGUGUAAGUUUUACUGAGGCUUCUCAUUCGCGACUAUCAGACCCUUCGCUGCGACAAAGCCUGGCUAUUGUCGUCUGCGACUUAGAAGACAUACUCAUCUUUGUCAUUGAGUUCCCGGUCCCGGCUGAGAGCAAUAUAUUAGCAAACGUAGAGAGUACAAGCGGCAAAAAUAUCAAUCUCUCCUGUUUGAGCUUAAUUUUUUUUCAUGAGGAAAUAAUAAUAGCAGGAAUAAUUCAUUUUUUAAUAGUUAAAAAAAAAAUCAAAGUCCCUGGUAAAAUCAAUCAAUAUAUAAAAACAACUAUUUUAGGGUAUAAUCCAUAAUUUUAUUUUUAUUUUCUCAGAUAAUAAAUAUUUACAAUAAGGUUGAAAAUCAGUUAAAUGCUACUAAUACGAAGCUGAUUCACGACAAUGAAGAGUAAGAAUUUCGUUUUAAUUUUCCCAAUGUUGGGAUACGAUUCAAUAAAACAUCCAAUCAUUGUAUUAUCAAUAUGACAUACGCAAAAUAAUUGAUUGCGUGAGAAAAAUUCACCCAAUCAAUUGGAUAAUUAGUAAAUUUAUAAUGAAAGUAAGGCGUAAUGGCCGUUCAAUUUCGCACCAAGUUGUUUUUCAAAAUGAUUAACAUUUAUUUUUCCGGCAUUUUUAAUGAAAAAAUUAUCAAAAAAGUUAAGGCUCAAUGGCAUAUCACAAUUUUCCAUAAAAAUGAUGAAACAAAUGCCUAAUGAUGCGAUGAGCUAUGUACAAGUGGAUUAUAUCUGACUAUUCUACAUUUCAUAUGUAAAUUACGUGGGGGUAAAUAAAUACAAUGAGAUUAUGGUUUCUUUCA